CCCCUGUCUGACCAGGUUUGACCCCAAGGGCCGGGAUUUCAGUUCGGACGUGCGAGGCGGAAAAACCACCGCGCACCCCGCCGUUAUGACCGCCCGCCUGCCGCCGCCGCUCCGCCCGUCCUCCGCGCCGCCGGCUCCCGCCGUCACGCGCACGCUGCACGCGAUCAACACCUGCACCUCCUCCACCGCGCUCGCGCCCCUCCGCGGCGCCAUCCUCCGCGAACCCGCCCUCCUACGCUCCACCACCGUCGUCUCCGCCUUCUUCCUCGCCUGCGGCCGCCUCCGCCACCUCGCCCCCGCGCUCUCCCUCUUCGUCUCCCUCUCCCGCCCCCACGUCUUCCUGUUCAACUCCAUCCUCCGCUCCCUCCACCCUGCGCCCGACUGCUCCCCGCUCCCGCUCUUCCGCCGCUUCCUCUGCCUCGGCGGCCGCCCCAACCGCUACACCUUCCCGCUUCUUCUCACCUCCCUUUCCUCCCUCAGCGACCUGAGGGCCGUGCAUUCUCAGGUGGCCAAGUCCGGCUUCUCACGCGACCUCCACGUCCGCAACGCCCUUCUCGCGCGUUACGCCGCCUGCGACCCAUGCCCGGCCCAUGCCGAGCAGCUGUUCGACGAAAUGGCCCACCCGGACGUUGUCGCGUGGACCACCAUGAUCACCUCAUACAAGAAUCGCGGCCGCAGCUUCAACGCCCUGGCCACAUUCCGGCGGAUGCUGUCUGCUUCUGUUGCCCCCAACCGUGUCACCAUGGUCGCCGCGCUUGGCGCAUGUGCGGCUCAUGGUGCCAUCGACACUGGCACUUGGAUCCAUGAGUACGUGCAGAAGCAGGGAUGGGAGCUGGACGUUAUAUUAGGCACUGCACUCGUUGAUAUGUAUGGGAAGUGUGGACAUGUGGUCGACGGGGUUCGUGUAUUCUCGGAAAUGGCCGAGAGGAAUGUAUAUACCUGGAACUCUAUCAUUGGAGCGCUUGCUCUUGCACAGGAUGGCACAAUGGCACUUCAGUGGUUCUAUAGGAUGGAGGCUGAUGGUGUCCGGCCAGAUGCAGUGACGCUCAUUUCUGUUCUUUGUGCAUGUGCCCAUGCCGGGUUUGUUGACAUUGGGAGGAAAAUAUUUAAUUUGAUCAUACAAGGAAAGUAUGGGUUUCAACCUGGAAUCAAGCACUUCGGGUGCUUGGUUGAUCUUCUUAGUCGCUCUGGACACCUGGAUGAUGCUGUUAGUGUUGUUGAGACAAUGUCACAGCCAAAUGCAGUCAUCUGGGGCUUACUGUUGCGGGGUUGCAAGGCUCAUGGUGACUCACGAUUGAGUGAGCAUGUGAUGACAAGGUUGGUGGAGUUAGAGCCUGAUAAUGCUUCACAUUAUGUGCUGUUAGCAAAUUUAUAUGCUGAGACAGGGAGGUGGCAGGAGGCUGAGGAGAUCUUGCAGUGGAUGAAGAAGAAAGGAUUGAGGAAGGAUGCAGGCUGGAGCCUAAGGAUGUUAGGAGACAGGCUGUUGUUACCGAAAUCUGGCAGCACGAAGCCAAUGUUUCCGAUCCAAGGAUCUUUUGUGCGGUAACACAGGCCAAAGAAACGUAUUACUGAUGAAUUAUAUGUGUUUCAUGAGGAACAUUGGAGGGUGGAUUGAUGCACAUUUAGAGAAGCAAGAACUUGCUUAUCACUCCAAGUUGCGAGGACGAGAACUUGAGACCAUGGACAUCGAUUUGGGAGCAGGAAUUUGAGAAACAUGCGGCUGGGUCUCCUAAAUCAUUGUUGAAUUGGUGCCAGUGAGACUAGAAUUGCUUGGGGCACACAUGCUUGGUUUGAUGUGAAAAGGUUUGUUAAGCUACAACAUUGUUAGUUACUGCUGAUAGUGUGCAUAUAGUCAUCCAUAAUAAAGAAAUGCUAAUAUUCAGGGAAAGAAGAUAAGCCUUUAACUCUUAUUUCACAAAUCCUUUAGUUCUGAGUUUUCUCGGAAACACACCUCCUGCAGGCAGUGGCGGUGCCAGGAUUUUAAUCAUGUGUAGUCAAGUCAAUCUUGUGUGGUCAAGAUAUAUGUAUUUCUACAAAUUUUGUAUUAUUUUUUGCAUGAUUUGUGCUUAUAUAUGAUACUUUUUCCACAAAGCCGUGUAGUCAUUUGACUACACAGCCUAUACAUUGGCUUCGCCACUGCCUGCAGGCUAUGGCCCUUGCACGAAAAAAGAAGGAGCACGAACUUUGAACUGUCGAUCUGAAUUGUGCAAUGGACUUUUGUUGUAAAAAUAAUACAUUUGCAUCCUUGGCUCUUGUAAUAUUGAGGUUUACAAGGCUGUUCGCCACUCUUAACAAAAAUGAGCAUUGUUGUAACUUAAUGCCAUUAUUAGUUAUAGAGUUUUGCUUUUUUCAACAAAUGCAUUUCUAAUUGACUAUUUCUUCAGUCAAACUAAUAAAAAUUUGACUGGCAAUAUGGUAGGAACUUGUACCCUACCAGGCCUGGGACGUAAGCAGUAAGGGAAGGAGGGGGCUGGGCGAGGCGAUGAGCGGCCGCGCCGGCGGUUGGGCGCCGUCGCGGGAGAGGAUGGUGGCGGCAGCGGCGCAAGGGCAGAGGGCGGCUAGGGUUCCGGCUCCUCUGGGAGCCGGGCAAUAGAGAUAAUAUUCUUAUUGCUUAAUUCCAAAAAGAGUCUUACAGCCUAUAUUUAUAACCUAGAUAACUUGCAUAAGAAUUAACCUAAGAUAACUUGCAUAAGAAUUAACCUAAGAUAACUUGUGGGCUAAGAUGCCCGGUGGGCCUAGCUAAACCGGCCAUAACACUUCUCCCCGCCUGCACAAACAGCUCGUCCUCGAGCUGUAAGGUGGGGAAGCGCUUGCGGAACUCCUCGAGGCGAUCAGCCAGCGUCCAACACCUUCUCGACAGCUGGGGCGGCCAGGUCAGCAGCGACGGCGUUCUCCGGAAUGUAGUCUGCAACCUCCAGGUAGAAGAGUCGCGGGCAGGCAUGGCCGGGCGUGUAGGGCUCGUCGUAGUUGAAGCACAACCCUUGGCGGCGACGUUCGAGGAGCUCGGCUGGGGUGAGCCGGCGGAACGGGCGUCCCGCGGUCGCGGCGAGGGGUGCCGCAGAAGCUUGCGCAGUCCGACCCUGCGCGGAAUCCGGCCUGGGUCGCGACCUAGCGGUCCGGAAUGGUGAUUCCUGCUGGAUGGCCACCGCGCGGCGCUCGAACGCGCGGGCGUAAUACAUGGCCGUAAUACAUGGCCGACUGGAGAUCCUGGGGUCCCCGAAGCUCCACGUCCACGCGGAUGUGAUCCGGAAGGCCACCGACAAAGAGGUCGGCCCGCUGCUGCACCGUCACACCCGACGCAUGGCAUGCCAGGGCCUGGAAACGGUCGGCGUAGUCCUGCACCGUGGAGGUGAAGGGAAGGCGGCCGAGCUCCGCCAGGCGGCUCCCGCGAACCGGGGGCCCAAAGCGGAGGAGGCAGAGCUCGCGGAAACGAUCCCACGGGGGCAUGCAGUCCUCAUCCUGCUCGAGGGCGUAGUACCAUGUCUGGGCGGCCCCGCGGAGAUGGUAGGAAGCCACCCAAGUGCGCUCCGACGCGGGCGUGCGCUGUCCGCGGAAGAACUGGUCACACUGGUUGAGCCAGUUAAGCGGGUCGUCCGAACCGUCGUAAGUGGCGAAGUUGAUCUUCGCGAACCGGGGCGGCUGCUGGUGUGGCGCGCCAUGGCCCACUGCCUCGGCGGUGCGGAGGGCUGAUGACGGUGCUCGGUCCAUGGUGGGAAGGCCGGUGUAGUUUCCUGUGGCGCCCGACGCCUCGGGCUGCAACUGGGAACCCGACGGCGGCCGGGCCUCCGUGUAAGCCGGCGGAGGGGACGUCCCGUGGAGCCAGCCUGGAAGCGGAGACGGUGACGACGGAAAACGGACCUCCUGGAUCGGGAGUCCGCUCGGCGCGGACCGGCCCAGGCUAGGGUUGGGCGGGGGCGGUGGUGGCACCUGCACGGUGGCCGCCAGGAGGGACGACGCGGCGGGGAACGGCGCGGUCCAGGCCGACCACUGCGGGCCCUGGGCGGCGGGUGGCGCCGCGAGUGCCGGCGUCGGCCACUGGGGCCAAGGUGGCGUCGAAGCCGUCGGUGAUGGGAGCGCCGGGUAUCCCCCGGUGAUGGCCGCGGGAACGGAGUACCAUGGCAGUGCCGGCUGUCUCGCGGGCACGGCCGGGUGGAGCGGCGGGGGCGGCCCGUACGGGCUAGCCAAGUAGAGGCGGAUGCCCUGGACCGCGACGACUAGGUCGUUGAGCACGCCGGCCAUGGCCUCCAGCGUAAACUGCUGCGGGACGGUCUUGGCCGUAGGCAGUAGGGGAAGGAGGGAGCUGGGCGUGGCGAUGAGCGGCCGCGCCGGCGGUUGGGUGCCGUCGCGGAAGAGGAAGAUGGCGGCGGCAGCGCAAGAGGCAGGGGGCGUUGGCAGGCAGCGGCGGCGGUGCUGGUGGUGGCAGCGGGUUUGGUGGCGGCGAGGACAUGGUCGAAACCCGGGUACCUGGAACUUGUACCCUACCAGGCCUGGGACGUAAGCAGUAAGGGAAGGAGGGGGCUGGGCGAGGCGAUGAGUGGCCGCGCCGGCGGUUGGGCGCCGUCGCGAGAGAGGAGGGUGGCGGCAGCGGCGCAAGGGCAGAGGGCGGCUAGGGUUCCGGCUCCUCUGGGAGCCGGGCAAUAGAGAUAAUAUUCUUAUUGCUUAAUUCCAAAAAAAGUCUUACAGCCUAUAUUUAUAACCUAGAUAACUUGCAUAAGAAUUAACCUAAGAUAACUUGCAUAAGAAUUAACCUAAGAUAACUUGUGGGCUAAGAUGCCCGGUGGGCCUAGCUAAACCGGCCAUAACACAAUACCAUUUUAAAUGUUUAGACUGAAAACCUGAAAAAUCGUAUCUACAUAUUUGUCUUAAAAAAGGUUUCCAAAUUGUUAUUAUUUUCUUGGUUUUAUACAUAUUGUGGAAAUUAGUGGUCAAAGUUACAUCUUGAAGACCAUGUGGAUUUCCGAAAUGUCAUUUAUUCUGAACUGAAGGAGUACUAGUAAACUAGAUUUGGUGCAGAAGGAGACACAAUUAAUAUAUACCUAAUUAAGAGCAUCUUGAGUUAAUAUUUUAAUACUGCCAUAAAAGCUAACUAUGUGCAUCCUCAGUAGCAUAAGUCAUCCAUGACGCAGCCUGUGAAAAAUACAAAUGAAUACGACAACACAAGUUGGUUGGUACCGCUUUGGACAAGAAAAUAUCUCAUUUUCUUAGCUCUGAGUGGCCUAUAGAAAUUUGAGGGACCAGCAGGAAAACUGUUACUUGAUGGUGACCCAGUUAUCAAUCACUUCUGAGCACUCUAUUAUUG